UCAGCACCGCCUUUCCUCCAUUGUGACCAUAGCAGCAUCCGCUGUCUUCUGAUAGCUUCUGAGUCCUCUUGUUGCCGUGCCUCGCUAUGAACUGGAUAGCCUGGGCCUCUGUGCCCCUCAUCUUCUUCGGCUUCUGGAUGUACACUAGCACGCUGGGUGCCUCGUUCCCCUCAUUACAGAACAAGCGCAUCCUGCUCCUAAUCGCUCAUCCUGAUGACGAGGCCAUGUUCUUUGCGCCUACUUUGCUGGCUUUGACGCGUCCAGAACACGGAAAUCACGUCAAAAUCCUGUGUCUGAGCAGCGGCGAUGCAGAUGGCUUAGGCCAAGUAAGGAAGAAAGAACUGAUCAAGAGCGGGCUUCAGCUUGGAAUUGGCAGCAAGGAUGACAUUCUCAUCAUUGAAGACAAGAACUUCCCAGACUCAAUGACGGUAACUUGGCACCCUCGCCUGAUAUCGAAUCUCCUUACCACCGCCUUCGCCCCGAAAAUGGCUACAAUCUCGUCCAAAGAAGCACCGCAGGCCACUGUUGACGCCAUCAUCACCUUCGACGCCCACGGUGUCUCCUCACACCCGAACCACAAGUCCCUCUACGACGGCGCACAUACGUUUCUAAAGGCGCUUAUGCAUCGACAUAGCGGGUGGGAAUGUCCAAUCAAGUUGUACACCCUCACUACGACCUCUAUCUUCCGCAAAUAUCUUAGCUUGCUGGACGCGCCUGCUACAAUAAUUGGCGCUAUCAUCAAGAAGAAGGAGCUUGGCAGCUUUCCGACACCGUUGCUAUUUGCCAGCUCACCGGCCGGCUACCGGACCGCUCAGAUGGCCAUGACGACGGCACAUGAGAGUCAGAUGCGCUGGUUCCGUUGGGGUUGGAUCGUUUUGUCGCGGUACAUGGUCCUCAACGAUUUGAAGAAAGAGAAGACGCUGUGAUACAGCUUUCACAAAAAUUUAAGAACGACCACAAGAGGCAAGAGUUCUAUACGAGCAUCGACAGUACUAGUUGCAAAAGGACUAAAAGCCCAAUACUCCGUCU